AUGAAGAACGUGGGGGCUCGCUUUCGAAACCGAAAGAUAAACAACAAGCAGCUGCUCCAUGUCUACCGCGCUGUCGAUAUCCCUGACCUCGAUGAGACCCUCAACCUCCAACGCAGCAUCCCUCAGACGGAAACCGGUGUCGACAAGGAAGAAGAAACGGAGCACCACUUGCAAGCUGCCAUCUCUGCGUCCAAUCUUUCAACUACCACAGGCGAAGCCAAGGCCCUGUAUAUUCCCACUCCAGAUGCCAGCCGGAAAAUCGACAACUACCGCGACUUUUACAGUCGUGCCUUCACAGAGCCCUCGACUCUGAUCCGGUUCUCUUCAACGGUUGAAGACUGUGUUGGCUGCCCUUACAAUAUGGAUGAUGAGGAUGACAAAUGGCUCAAAGAGUUCAACGAGAAGCGGGACAAAGACGACAUGCUGGACGAGGACCACUACGAGUUGAUCAUGUGGCAGUUUGAAAAAAUCACAAACGAGCGCGUCCCAUACCUUCAACUGGAUAGCGGCCAGAUCCCGCCACUCGAUGACCUGACGGCAACAUUCACAGGACCACAACUUUUGCCUCUCAAGAAGGUUGCUACAUCUGUCUACCCAUGGUGGAGCGACAGAAGGACAAAGAGAGGCGGCAAGGUCAUCACGCCCCAGCUAAAGGCAGGUUUUUCUUCUAUCUUGAAUGCUUUUGAGGAAGUGGUGCGCAAUGAGUCUGACCCAUACCUUUGCUUCCGUCGUCGCGAAUCCAAACCCAUCCGCAAGACCAGACGUACCGACCAGCAGUCGAUCGAGAAACUCCGAAAGCUCCGCAUGGAGAUGGAGAGUGCCCGCAGUCUGCUCGAGAUGGUCUCUCGUCGCGAGAAGGUCCGCAAGGAGUCGUUGGUCCUCGAGCAUAUGAUCUUUGACCAACGCUGCAAGGUCCGCGAGUACAGGAAGAACCUCGGCAUCAAGGACGACGACGAUGAUAUCCAGAGCCAAAAGAAAAAGAUCAGAAAGGUUGGAGAGACCAGUGCUACCAUCCGCAUCCCUCUCAACUUCAAGGAUCGCGAGGCCAUCUCUGCUCAAGAAGACUCUAGAAAGGAUCGCUCAGCACUCUCCAGCAUCGAGUCAGAAUUGGCCAAGCGCAGAGAGGACGACGUCGGUUGGGAGGACCUCACAGACAACCCAUACCAGCCUUUCUUGGUCCCAUACGCACAGCAGUGCUUCAAGAUCCUUCCCCAGCAGAGAAACGGCAAAUACGUCUCGUUCAGGAAGCGCAUGGGUCGUGGCGGUCGCCUUCAUAUCGAUCGUCAGUACGCCCGGCCAAGGUCAUCGUCAUACCGGGACCCAUACCAGAAAGACCCUUAUGGGAUGUACGAUGGUGUCAACACGUUCGACAAGUUCCGUUUUGACGAUGACUCUUUUGAUCAAGAGGACGUGAUCGAUGAUGUCCGUGACGCGAUGAUCCGGUACCGUUGUACCCUUUUAUCCGAGACCGACCUCCGGAGCCUGUCGACCUCGUCUCGCCACCACUUUAUCCCGAUCACGCACGGCGGGCAUCCUCAGUAA